GAAGAAAAAGUUCUUGAACAUGGUAGCCUAUGAAAUGUGUCCAGAUGCCCCAGAUGACUAUGGGAUCACUUCUUAUAUAUGCCUCCUUGACGACCUCAUUGAUCAUGCAGACGAUGUCAAGGAGCUGAGAUCUAAGAACAUUCUCUACAACCUUCUUGGCAACGAUGAAGAUGUGGCCCAACUUUUCAACGAGAUCGGCAAUGACUUGGUUGAUCCCGAAGCUUAUGAAGACGUGAAAGAUCGUAUUCAGGAACACUACAACAAGAGAAUGAAUACUUGGAUAGCUCAAGCCCUUCACGACCAUUUCAGUACUCCAUGGGCUAUCAUCGCUUUCAUUGCUGCUGUUUUGAUACUAUUUCUUACCGGGGUUCAGACCUACUACGCUCUUCCCGGUAAUUAAUAUAUAUAUAUAUUGGGUUAAUUAUGACUGUGAUGUGUUCUUUUCUUCUUUGGUAUGUAUUAUUAGACAAAUAAAGAUGUAAAAAUUGUUAAGUUGUAUGACUGGAUUUCAUGGAUGCAAUAUUAUUAGUCUU